GGCUUCCGUUCUUUUCAAACUGGCGGCGCGGCUGUUGGCUCUGUGAGGAACGUUAUUGUCUCUGCCGUUUAAUAUCUGAAUCAUUAUGGAGGGGGAGGAGGUAAUGGCGCCCCCGGCGGCUCUCACUCCGCCUUCCGAAAACGUGAAGGACAAGAAGAGGAAAGGGGUUAAAAGGAAGUCGUCCGUCAGUAGUUUGGCCGGGGGGCAGUCCACUCCGGAGGGAGGCAGUUCGAGAAGGUACUCUCUUAGAAGAGGUAGUUCCUUUACUUUUCUGACCCCUGGGAGUCAAUGGGAUUUUACUUUGAAAAGGAAACGGCGUGAAAAGGACGAUGAUGCCUUGAGUCUCUGUAGCUUUGAUUUCAAGGAGCCAAGCACUAAGAGAGUUCGGCCUCUAUCGCGAGUCACAUCAUUGGCAAAUCUAAUCUCUCCUGUAAGAAAUGGCGCAGUCAGACGUUUUGGCCAAACCAUCCAGUCAUUUACAAUGCGAGCCGAAAACAAGUCUCCAGGCGGUACACAGAAAGCUUGUAGCAAGGUGGCUGCACCUACCCCACCCAAAAGAAGGAACAGUGUUUUGUGGUCUGAAAUGCUAGAUAUUAAUAUGAAGGAAUCUCUGAGCACCAAAGAAAUAAAACGGCAAGAGGCAAUAUUUGAAAUGACCAAGGGAGAGCAAGACCUUAUUGAUGAUCUAAAGUUGGCAAGGAAGGCCUAUCAUGACCCGAUGCUAAAGCUUUCUAUUAUGUCUGAGGAAGAACUAACACAGAUAUUUGGAGAUUUAGAUUCCUACAUUCCUCUUCAUGAAGAAUUGCUUGCUAAACUUGGGGAAGCAACAAAGGCAGAUGGGACAGUUGGUCAGAUUGGUCCCAUUCUCAUUAAUUGGUUACCUCGUCUGAAUGCCUACAAAGAAUACUGCAGCAACCAGCUAGCUGCUAAAGCUCUUCUUGACAAAAAGAAAUUAGAUCGGAGAGUCCAGGACUUUCUUCAACGCUGUCUUGAAUCUCCAUUCAGCCGGAAGCUUGAUCUUUGGAGCUUUCUUGAUAUACCAAGAAGUCGCCUUGUCAAGUAUCCUCUUCUUCUAAAAGAAAUCCUCAGGCACACUCCAAAAGACCAUCCCGACACCAAGGGUCUGCAUGAAGCUCUAUGCUUAAUUCAAGGAGUACUUACAGACAUAAACUUGAAAAAAGGAGAAUCUGAAUGCCAGUAUUAUAUUGAUAAAUUGGAGUACCUUGAUGAUAAGCAGAAGGAUCUCCGGAUUGAAUCCAGUAAGGCACUGCUGUGUCAUGGGGAGCUAAAGAAUAAAAAUGGACAUAAGCUGUUCCUGUUCCUUUUCCAAGAUGUCCUGGUUUUAACUCGUCCGGUUAUCCGAAAUGAGCACCAGCAUUUUCAGGUUUACCGACAGCCAAUUCCUGUGCAGGACCUGGUCUUGGAGGAUCUUCAGGAUGGGGAUGUAAGGAUGGGAGGCUCUUUCAGAGGUGCUUUCAGUAAUUCUGACAAAGGUAAAGACAUCAAAAAAUAUCUUCAGAGUCCGUUUUAAAGAUGCUGGCGCUGGUCAGAGUCACACACUCCAAGCCAAUGAUGUCUUUCACAAGCAGCAGUGGCUCAAUUGCAUUAAAACAGCUGUUUCUCCAUACCAACAAGCAUCUCCUACAGAACAGAAGGAACUGCCAGACCUUAAUGAAGAAUGUGAAGAAAAUAAUCCACCAGCCACAAAUAGCAAAGAUCACAGAAGGUCAUCCACUAUCUCUGGCAUUAUGGAAAUGGACCUUGAGGAAAAUGCUUUCAGUUCACUCUUGGAUACAACAGAAAGCCCCAAAACAAGAGACAAAACACAGCAGAGAAAAGAGACUUUGGUCUAAUUUGCAAGCUAACUUUGAACGGACUUGUUAUUUAUAAAAAUGUAUAUUAUGUGUCAUGUGAUGUGAGCAUGCCUGGGUUAUUUUUAUAAUCCUUCUGUAUGUUAUGUCCCCUCCCUUUCAGUGGCAGCUACUGGUAUAAAGAUAACACUGUUAAAGCUAGAGUCUGUCUAUACUGUAUUGAAGUUUACAUUGUAGGGUUUAUUUCAAGCAAUACUGUUUAUAAUCUAAACAUGCUGACAUUUAUGAAGAAUAUGGGCUCUUACCUGACUACAGUAUGUUGUAGCUUUGGUGUUAACGCCAAGCAUUCUCUACAUGUUCAUGAGUUCUCUACAUGUUCAUGAAAAUACAACCAUUACAAAAUUUUAGUUGGUAAAGCAUCAUUAUUUUGAUUAUUAAAUGGAUUUUGUAUGGUACAGGGCUGCUGUAAUUUUUUCCCAGCUACUGGUAAAUUUAUUACCACUAUUCUCCUCAUCUGCUUUCAUUGUGAUUUGUCUGCCCCACCUUCUUGCAUGGUCAUAGGGGUGUGUUUCCUCAAGCUGCAGCCUGUGUGCCAGCCCAGAGGUAUCUGCCAGAAUGUAGCUGAAGAGAAUGGCCUGUAUCUUUAUUUGAUGUUCCAUAGCCCUAUACUAUGUGCCAACUAAAAUCUGAGGCAAAAUAUCCUGGUUUUGCCCUUUUAAAUUUAUUGAAACAGACUCUAUGCUUUUAAGCAGGUUUUCCACUUUACCUACUGGAAAUGUUUGUUUACUGUACAUUCCUACUUUAUAUUUGUGUAUGCUUACAAGUAUUUAAUUUUUUUAAGUAGUAUAGAUUUUUUUAAGCCCAUUUAUUGUAUUUUGAAGCUUUUGGAAUAUGGUCCUUUUUUUUUUUUUUUUUUACCAAAACAAUGCAUUUUACCAAAUCCUGAACAGGUCGCUAAACUGGUAUAGUAGGAACAGUAUAAAAACAAAACAAUAUUUUUUUUGGAUGGUAUUUUGUAGGCAGUUUUUAUUGUUAGAGAGGAGUGAAGGAUAUAAAGCCAGGUUGAUACAUGUUUGUAGUAUAGAGAGUUUAUUCUUAGCUUUAUGGGCCAUGGAAAUGGCAAAUGUGGUUGAUAGAAGGAUUUUAGUAUGUCGUAGAAGGUCAGGCGGUAUGUUGAAAAUUAGAAUUUCCUUUUUCAGAGAAGCUAGAAAGUUGAAAAUGUGGUGGAACCAAACCGGAAUGUUUCAAAUACCAGUGCGCUUUUGUUUUUUUUUCCUUUGGAGACUAACCGUAGAAAACUAUAGAAAUAAUAGUAUGAUUAAAAAUAAAAUGCUGAUGUAUAAUUGCCUUUUUAAAAUUUUCCAAUCAGUGUUUUAAUGAAAUGUUCAUACCAUAUAAUGCUAUCUUGGUAUCUUGUAUAUGGUGACAAGUUGGGAAAAUUCAGAUAUUUGUACAUAAUGAAAUAAGGUUUUUCUUGUAAAUGUAUCUGUACAGCUAAAAGUCUUCAAAUACAAUAAAAAAAAAAUACCAAGAA